AUUAAUUUGUACAUCAGGAGAGUUAGCUCAAUCGACAGUGUACACUGUCUGUGUGUUGUAGCUUUAACACACGAAAUUAAUAUUCAGCUGUUUGCGUUACUAGAUAAUAGACAUAUCUUGACACAAAGAUGUUUCGAAAACUUCGGAUUUAGCUAAGUUAGCUCUAGGGCACAAGAUCGGGCGCUCUUUUUCUGAACUCUUGUCCCUCCCUCGGGAAUUCGAGCCCAGGAGGUGCAGCAGGAUCCGAUGACCAUGAUUUCGACUUAUCAGCAGACAUGCUUGUCCAUGACUAUGACGAUGAACGCACCCUGGAGGAAGAGGAAAUGUUGGAGGCAGCAGAUGAGACCAAUGCAAAUGAGAUUGAAGAUCUUGCACGAGAAGGAGAAAUGCCCAUUCAGGAGCUGCUUAGUCUGUAUGGCUAUGGGGGUGGUUCACCAGCAGACGAGGAUGAAGAGGAGGAGGAAGAACCAGAGGAAGAAGAUGAUGAGGAGGAAGAGGAUGAGGAGGAAUACCUUGACAAUGAUGAAAGCAGCAGAAGCACUGGGGAGUUGAAAAGAAAUGAGGGUGAGGGUGUUAAGAACUCCUCAGGACAGAGGGAUGAAGCCCAGCCAGCCUCUGAGGGCCGCACACGCUCGGUCAGGCCCCUUGGUACAGCAGAACUCAUUCGUCCCCAGAAAUUAAUGUAUUUUGAAAGUAAUAAUGAUGCAGAGGAGGAGUCAGAUGAAGACGAGGAUUAUGUUCCAUCUGAAGACUGGAAAAAGGAGAUUAUGGUGGGCUCCAUGUAUCAGGCAGAAACCCCUGUUGGCCUGUGUAAAUAUAAAGACAAUGAAAAAGUUUAUGAAAAUGAUGACCAGUUGUUGUGGAACCCAGAGUGUCUUCCUGAAGGCAAAGUAGUGGAGUUCUUGACAGAGGCCUCGAGGCGAACGGGUGAUGAGAAGGGAGUGGAUGCGAUCCCAGAGGGAUCUCAUAUUAAAGACAAUGAACAGGCACUGUACGAACUGGUGAAGUGCGACUUUGACACAGAAGAAGCUUUAAGAAGACUUAGGUUUAAUGUAAAAGCAGCCAGAGAGGAGCUCUCUGUCUGGACUGAAGAGGAAUGUAGAAAUUUUGAACAAGGACUAAAGGCUUAUGGGAAAGACUUUCAUUUAAUACAGGCCAACAAGGUGAGAACUAGGUCUGUAGGAGAAUGUGUGGCCUUUUAUUACAUGUGGAAGAAGUCUGAGCGUUAUGAUUUCUUUGCACAGCAAACCAGACUUGGGAAAAGGAAAUACAACCUUCACCCUGGUGUCACAGACUACAUGGACAGAUUACUGGACGAGACCGAAAGCACAACAUCCAGCAGGGCGGCAUCGCCUCCUCCCACCACCUCCAGCAGUAGCACCAGCCACUCUGAGAGAGAGGACAGCAGCAGUCAGAACGGUCUUGCAAGCCACAAUUCAAGCCAUUCAGUGGAUGGUGCUCAGUUGCCCCCAGCAAAUCCAGUCAAACUUGAGUCAGUUCAGUCCAACGGUCCCUCCCAUCCACCGGUGGAAGCUCCUCCACCCAUUUCAGACAACAACUCCAAUGGCUGCAACCGAGCCACUGCAGCCAGCCACGACAAAAACGGAUCUCUGGAGCCCCUGCUGCACCACAGAGACACAGUGGCGCCAGUGCCCGACAGGCCAGUCAAGCGGUGCAGGACAGAGGCAGAGCCUUUGGGCCAAAGUGAUGUGGAACCAUCUAGAGCUCAGGAGAACUGAGGGCUCCAGAGCUAACAGACGCUGAUUCCAGGCGACAAAAAUAGUUCCCGCUCCCCCAGUUCAAGGCAGAGGCAUGGGGUGAAGAGGAUGGAGACAAUGACCCCCACUUGGCCUGCAAGCACAGUAGCUGCUGAGAGCAAAGACUCACUCUAAAAUAUGGUCAAAGGUCACUGAAAAUCACAGCCAACCGAAGUGCAGCUGGUCCUCCAGGAGGAGCAGAGGCUGCCCACCCUCCUGUCCCUCACACCCCUCCAUGAACUGACUGCCUGCAAAGCUCAUCCCAAAGUUCCACAACUACAUUGUUUUACAAAACAUCUUCUACCCAUCAACUUUAUUCCCUUUUUAGAGACUUGACUGACAAAAUUUGCCAAUAAUUUUCUUUCUGUUUGUACUCAAAGAAAAAAAAAAUUCACCUGUGAUUAUUUUUCUACACAAGAGAUAUUUAUAUUUUUAACAAAAAAAGUGAUGGGUAAUUACUAUUCAGGCCAUUUGAAGAAAUGGGACGUUGUCAAUGAUUAUCUGCUUAAGAAGGCAAACGCACGCGGAGUGGGCCAGUACGGCCACUUGCUCACUGUAGUUGCACUUUGGAUGUUUCUCAUCUUUACUGACGAGGAGUGGUGACAAAACCUAGCAGAAAUACACUGUCACACUGGCCUCUAUCACACCAGUUUGUUGGAUCAUGAUAAAUAAACCACAGGGUUACGCCCCCUGGAGGUUUGUUGUGUGUAAAGCGGCUGACAUCAGUGAUGUCCUGUAUUUUAACUCAUCAUGUAGAAGAUGGCUGUAUUUUUGGAUUUUCAUAUUCACUGCUUUGCUCAACACUUUGUUUAUACUAGACACAACGUCCGUGAUUUUUAAUGUAAACUUUGUAUAGAUUUCUUACCUUGAUCAGCUGGUACAUUUUUUUUUAAUAACUGUGUGUUCCUCUCUGUAUUUUCUGGUCUUCCUUGUAGGCUGUGCUUUUUGUUGAGAAGCCUUUGUUGUUCUGAGAUGUAACAGAGAAGCAGCCAUUCCUGAUUGGCAGCACUUCCCAUUCCUGUGUGACCUGGCUUGGUCUGAAAUGUUUGUCACCUCUGUGCAUAAAAAGACACUGUGGCUGAGUGUGGUGCUUGCCUUUGUUUUUUUAAAAACUGCUUCGUUUUAACUAGUAUUUACCGUCUGCCAUGAGUGAGUGGCUUCAGAGCAGCUGCCCAGACCAGGCUGACCAUUCGUUUUGAUACAGCAGCUGUUCAGCUUGAUGCUUAAGUGUUUACUUUGUACUCCAGCUUUGAACUUACAAACUAAGAUGAGUUUGUCUCAAAUAAUGUUGACCAUGUAGUCUUUUCCUUUUUUGACAGUUUUAUUUUUCUCUGUAUAUGACAACAUGAAUAAAAAUGGAAGUGUAUUCCAAGACUGGCUAUAUUUAAUAAAUGCAUUGAGUUCAGACUCAGACAAAAAGUCACAUUUCAAAAUGUAAUUAAAAGCUAGGUUCGUAUUUUAGAGUUAUGAGUCAUGGUAUUAAAAUAGAAAUAAACAUUUCA